AUGUUGGUGAGGAAUGGACAUAAAUAUGACCUGGAGCAAACAUGUGAGGAAUAUCAGUGUGGCACAGUGGUUAGAGCAUUGCAUUAUGAUGAGGGAAAUCCCAGUCUGAAUCUCCAUUCAGUCAUGGAAGCUUGUUGGGAUCCAAACGAAGAUACAGAAUGGAAUGACAUAUUACAAGACUUUGGGAUUUUGCCACCAAAAGAAGUUGUUAAGGAUGAAAUUGAAGAAAUGGUUUUACGUUUACAGAAAGAAGCAGAAGUGAAGCCAUACGAAAAGAUGAGUUUGGAACAGCUCAAAGAAGCUGAAGAUGACUUUGAUGAGGAGGACAUGAAAGCUAUGGAAAUGUACAGGAAACAACGCUUAAAAGAACUGAAAUCUUUACAGAAGAGACAAAGAUAUGGAGAACUCAAAGAAAUUGCUGGUGAACAGUAUGUCAAAGAAGUGGCUAAUGCCCCAAAAGAUGUGUGGGUUGUCAUUCAUCUAUAUCAAUCAAGAGUUCCUAUGUGUUCCCUGAUCAACAGACAUCUCAGCCUGCUGGCCCAAAAAUUUCCCGAAACCAAGUUUGUGAAAGCCGUGGCCAGCAGCUGUAUAGAAAAUUACCACGACAGUUGCUUGCCUACACUGUUUGUGUAUGAAAAUGGACAGAUCAAAGGCAAGUACUUGGGAGUUACGGAAUGUGGAGGAACAAAGCUGACAGUGGAAGAACUUGAAUGGAAGUUGGCAGAGGCUGGGGCUCUCAAAACUGAUUUGGAAGAAAACCCCAAGAAGGACCUUGUGGAUAUGAUGACUUCUUCAAUUAGAAAUGCUUCCAUACGUAACUAGGUGGGGAUGGUGAAGAGAUAACUGCUACAUAAUCUGGGAGAAUACCAGAAGAAAAAAAGCUGGUGCUGCAUUUAUGGUUGGUUUAGCUGUAGUGUAAUUAAUGCUGUUUUAAAAAU